AUGCAAGAGGCUAAGCAUCAAAACCUCCACCAGAAAUUCUCUGUUUCCUUGCAGCCCAUUUCUGUCCAGUUGCUUCACAGCAACAACCUGCCAAGCACCAAUAAUUUCAACGCCAGGAAUUAAAUUUCAACUCCCACAUGAUUUCGUCUAUAAACUCUUCUAGAUUCAUGGCUCUAAGUGGAUCAUAAUAGUUUAAUAUUUAAUAUACAGUUAAAAAAUGAGCAUCAUUAUUUUCACCCAUCACAUAUUUUCCCGAAUUAAAAAUGAUUAAAUUCGUUCUAACCAAAUUAGAUACUAAUCAUAAUCAAAACAAAAAUAGAUCCUUCUUCCCACAUCUUGAACAAUUUUACAUCGCAAAAGAUUUGAAGCCACCAUAUAAUUCCAAAAUUCUAAAUCGACAGCAAUAUAUCGGCCCAUCAUGUGAUUUCCAGAAUUAAAAAAAAGGGAAAUAUAUUCUAUUCAUCCAUAUAAAUAUUAAACAUAACCAAAAGAAUAGAUAUUUUGUCCUGAACUUUGAACAACUCUGCUUGACUAGAGAUUUCAAGCCAGCCCUUGUAAAAAAAAAAAGAUAAUUUCAAGCAAUAUAUCAGCCCAUCGCAGAUUUCCAAAACUAUAUAAAACAAAAGGGAACCGAUGUCCAAGCCCAUCCAAAUGUUCUUGAGAUACUCUGAAACCGAAAAUAGAUGGUUCUUCCCAUCUUAUGAAUGGCUUUACCUGGCCAGAGUUUUGAAGCCAACCCCUGUAGACCCUUCCAAAACCUCCUUCCCCCAAGAAACAUUCUGGGCUGAAAUUCUUUGUCGCCGUGGCAAGUUCCCUGAAGGCGAAUAUGUGGGCUGAUAUGUUGAUGCCGGCCCCAUCCUUUUGGAUCUGUGUUUCCUUUUUAGAGCUUGCAUUGCUCUUAGGUCUUUGUCUAUCGGCCCCUGAGAAGUCAUAAGAACACUCGAUCAGAACCAGAUUAUCCUCGAUUUGGCAGAUAUAAAUGAAACCCAGAUCGAUCUCCCAAAAAACCCAGUACAAACUAGGCCUCCAAAAUAAAUAAAACAGGUUUCUACGGCCCCAAUCCGAUCAGGGUUGUUGCUGUCUUCCUGGUAAGAUCAGGAGGCCUGAUCAUCUACGAGAGUCUCCCCCCAAUCACAUAGAACCCAUAGAGAGAGAGAGAGAGAGAGAGAGAGAGAGAGAGAGAGAGAGAGAGAGAGAAAUGAUUUUGAAUGGGAUGUGAUAAGCGGCUCAAGGGAAAGAGAGAUGGUAUAAUAGAGAAUUGA